AUGAGCACUGGUCAUAAGCUCCCUCGUUUCUUGAACCUUCGACCAUACCAGGGUUCUACAAUGGACUUGGUGAUUGGCAUUGAUGUUGGGACAACGUUUAGCGGUGUUUCAUAUGCGAUCCUCAAGCCGAACAUUAUCCCAGAAGUCCAACCCGUGCCACGAUUCACUGGGCAAACCACAAGUGAUGCGAAAAUACCGUCAAUAAUGUAUUUCGACAAAGACUUGAACCUCAAGGCUGCAGGGGCAUCAGCAGUGAGCGACACGACAAUUAAUGUUGCUGAGUGUGAAGGGUGGAUCAAGGUCGAACAUUUUAAGAUGCAUCUCCGUCCAUCAAACAUGCGCAUUAAUACGAAUGGUCUGUCGCUAGGCACGUUGCCACCAAAGAUGACUCCAGUCGAAGCAAUGGGGCACUUUCUCCGCUACUUAUACAAAGAAACCAUUAACUAUAUAGAAAAGUACGAGCCACAUGGAUCUGAAUUGAUCAAGAGCUUCGAAGAACGGAUUUCAUUUGUUUUGAGCCACCCAAAUGGCUGGGAGGGUCUGCAGCAGCAGCGAAUGCGAAGCGCUGCGGUCUUUGGUGGAUUGGUGCCAAACGGUAUCACUGGACAUGCUCGGCUCAAAUUCGUCACCGAGGGAGAAGCAAGCGCACUCGCUUGUCUUGCAAAUGGUCUCUGUCCUCCGAACUUACAGCCUGGAUAUCGCUUCGUGAUUGCUGAUGCUGGAGGUGGAACUCUUGACGUUACAACGUACGAAAUCACACAAACAUCUCCAUUGCAACUCAGAGAGCUAACCUCGUCCGACUGUCGCUUUGCUGGUGGUGUAUUUGUCAACAAGGAGAUGUACAGGUUGCUGAAAGAAAGACUUCGUGGAUCACACUAUGACAAUCCAGAUGAAUUAGAUGAUAUUGUGGACAAGAAAUUUGAGCAAUCGCUCAAGCGAGAGUUCAGUAUCAACGACAAAGAAGGAACCUUGUGGAUGAAUAUUGGAUCUCGCUCUGAGAAUAACUCCAAAAUGGGUAUCAAGAAAGGCUAUCUGAGGAUAGAAGGGCUUGAGCUGCAGAAAUGUUUCCAAUUCUCUGUACUCAAUCUCGUCGAAUCCGUCAAGAGUCAGAUUAGAGCUUGUCAAGUUAAGACAAUUCCUGUGUGGUUAGUUGGCGGCUUUGCAGCCAGUCCUUGGAUUCUCGAGAAAGUAAGUGAAAUAUUAGGAGAACAAAGCAUUCCUGUUAGUCGCCCAGAUACAAACCUAGCCAAAGCUGUAGCAAAUGGCAAUGUUUUGUAUGCAUUGGACAAUACAGUCAAAAGGCGUGUCACCAGAGCAGCAUACGGAAUCAAGUGCAGCGUACUCUAUGACGCCUUCGACCCGGACCAUGUCCGACGCAAGCAUCUCUGCUUCGAAGACUUGGAAGGAGACAUAGUGCUUCCCUCACGCUUCAGCAUUAUUCUCCAGAAGGGCGUAGACGUACAAGAUUCGGAGAAGCAUGCAGUUCCGUAUACAUGGCUAGCUUCGAAUGCAUCAGAAACAAUGCACAAAUGCACACUGAUCCGCUAUAACGGACCUGAUCAUACUCCUACAUGGUAUGAUGAAAACAAAGCCGACUUUUCAAGGCUUUUUCAGCUAGAACGAAUGCACACAUACAAGAACAGGAGGUUCUGGCACAUUAAUUUUUCCAUUGAAAUUAGCUUCGGACAAGUAGAACUCCAAGCACGGAUUAAAUGGAUAGAGGAUGGUGUUGUACAUCAUGGCCCUGCUACCAUCUUUUAUGAAGAUGAAUAA